GCAGGAGGAGGGCGAAACACGACACCCCGCCAGAGGAAGGGGGGCUGCGCGAGAGAGAGAGAGGGAGAGAGAGAGAGAGAGCACGAAGUGAGUGAGUGAGUGGAAAAAGAAGAAAGUCUGUGCCGGAGAGAAGAGAAGAGAAGAGAAGAGAAGAGGGGCAGAGGGAGAAGAACAGAGUUGGCAUCGGCACUUUUGUUCCCUGCAGCAGCGCCGCUGUUCUGACUGUCGCCGAGGAAGAGGAGGAAGAGGAGGAUGAAGAUGUGGAGGAGGAAUCGACCAUGCGACGUCGUUACCACGGACGGGAUGAACAUUUAGACUCGUCGCAUUCCGCCGCUCCAGCACCGACCGACGGCAGCACGACUCCUCCAAACUUCGACCUGCGCCAUUCAGACCCCGGCGACUGGAUCACCGCCCCCCUCCACCACCACCACCACCACCCCGCCCGCCUCCUUCUCCAGGGAUUCUCGGGGCAACUUUUCCGCCCCAGGAGCCCCCGUGCUGAAAAACAAACAAACACUCGGGCACCAAAAAGUUUCUGAGCCGAACGCGGACGAGUUCGAGACGCAGCGCAGAGAAGUUGGCGGAUGUUUGUCUUCUCCCCACUCGUAUAACCGGGGGCAGGUUUAUUCUCCAACGAGCCUCUUGUGAGAACAACACCGGAGGAGGGAGCGGGGUGUCACGGGCUAACGCGGCUAACGCGGCGAGCUAACUCGCGUCUGAAGUUACCGGUCGACGGGGGGAAAGUGACCCGACGCAGCUCACCGAAGACGGCGACAAAGAUGAAAACCCCGGGGGACUCGGGUUUUGCCUUCCCGGAGUGGGCCUACAAGCCCGAGUCGAGCCCGGGCUCCCGGCAGAUCCAGCUAUGGCACUUCAUCCUGGAGCUGCUGCGGAAAGAGGAGUACCACGACGUCAUCGCCUGGCAGGGAGACUACGGGGAGUUCGUCAUCAAGGACCCGGAUGAGGUGGCCCGCUUGUGGGGCGCCAGGAAGUGCAAGCCUCAGAUGAACUACGACAAGCUCAGCCGAGCGCUGAGAUACUACUACAACAAGAGGAUCCUUCACAAGACCAAAGGGAAGAGAUUCACGUACAAGUUCAACUUCAACAAACUGGUGCUGGUCAACUACCCCUUCAUCGACAUGGGCACUGGUCGAGGAGUUCCUCAGAGCGCCCCCCCGGUGCCGACCGGAGGCAGCCACUUCCGCUUCCCCCCGUCAACGCCGUCGGACGUGCUGUCGUCCAGCGAGGAGCUCCGCAGUCCGGGCAUGUUCAGCAGCGUUGCCCGCCGCAUGGCCCGCGGCUCGGUCAGCGACUGCAGCGACGGCACCUCCACCAACUCUGAGCUGGAGGAGGCCGUGGGGGCUGAGGAGCGCGGCAUGGGGCCCGAGAGGGCGUUCAGGGGUCUGCUGCCCCACCGCCUGCCUCACGACUCUCUCUUCAGGGUCUAUGGCGGCGGCCCGAACCCCGCAGGGCUCGGCAGACCUGGCCACAGGGUCCACCCUGACUCCCUCUCCCCGUUCCCCGUCUCCCCUCUGCCUGGCCCCGGGGGUCUCCUGUCCCCCGCCCUGUCCAUGACCCCCACCCCUCACAUGUCCUACACCCCCUCCCCCUCCAUGUCCUCACCGAUGCUGGGCUCCCACUUCUCCUUCAACCCGGAGGACAUGAAGCACUACCUGCAGGCCCACACCCAGUCCGUCUACAACUACCACCUCAGCCCCCGAGCUUUCCUCCACUACCCCAACAUUGUCAUCCCCCAGCCCCACCGCCCCACCCUGGAGAAGCCGGCCACCCACCACCUCCACGGCCUGCCGCUCUCUCACUCGCUCAGCCAGCACGCAGCAGCAGCAGCCGCCGCCGCCGCCGCCGCCAGCGAGGAAGGGCAGCAGCACCCGUCUCCGUUCAAGUUCAAGCUGCAGCCUCCUCCGCUCGGGCGCAAGCAGAGGGACUCUGGAAGCUCAUUGGCCGCUUCUGCUUCCUCAUCCUCCGCCGGCCAGUCCUCCUCGUUCGGCGCAUCGGGGCAGAUGAACAACUGCGUCCUGACCUCGGCACCACCGAAGAUCAAGGUGGAGCCGAUAUCUGACAUUGAGUCAGAGGAGGAGGUGGAGGUGACCGACAUCAGUGAGGACGAUGAGCUGAACCACAACAACGAGGAGGACAUCUUCACCGCGGCAGCUCAUCAUCAUCAUCAUCAUCAUCAUCAUCAUCAGCUCAACAGUCACCACCAGGCGAACGGGAACGGCCCCUCUGCUCCUCUUCCUCCUCCUCACGGUCACCACGACGACGAUGCUGACGAUGACGUCUUCAAGACACCCGCCACGCCUUCCGUCGGCAGCGCCGGCCCAGUCUUCCCGCUGCUCGCCCUGAAGAGCGAGCCUGGUCAGCCGGCUCCCAUCAGCCCCGGCGGCACGCAGUGCAUCCCGCUCAAGCUGCGCUUCAAGCGCCGCUGGAGCGAGGACCAGAAGAUGGAGGCGGACGGAGAGCGGGACGAGGCGGAGGACAAGAAAGUGAAGGCCGACGCGGAGGGGGAGGUCAAGGGGAAGAUGGAGGUAGAAAAAGGGGGAGGAGUUAUUCUGGGGUUGAUGCUGCCGCCACCUCCCACCCAGCGCAGAGCAAGCUCGGAGCUGCAGAGGGCCACGGCACAGCUGUCUCUGGAAAACACUGGCUGCUGAGCUUCACGCACGCGCACACACACACACACGCACACACACACACACACACACACACACACAGGGGAUCUACUUAGAAACGAAACACACACCUCUGGGAGUCCAACAGUUUUAUAUAGACCAUGAUGCCUUGUGGCUUCUUGUCUGUACAGAAACACAGAGAGAAAAACUAAAAACUUAUUACAAUUUCUUUGCCUUCUUAUGAACAUGUUAAUUUGUGAGAUGAUUAAAAGGAGCCAUCGGGCAAUUUAUUACUGACCUCACUGCCUCACCCGCUCCUUUAGAUUAUUUCACAGAGACAAACCUGCGUCUCCACGUUCACAAGAAGGUGAAGCUACUGCAUCAUCGAUAACUUUGAGGCUCUAAAUAUCAGCGAGCGGCUGCUCAGCGUCUCGACCUGUGGAGAACCAGACUCCUCCUCCUCCUCCUCCGUGCCCCUGGUACAACUCAGCAGUGUUUCUUCAGUGACUCACAACACUAAAACACAACAAAACUUAGUCUGUACAUUUACUUCUGUUUUGAAAUUAGCGCCCUACAUAGCGAGAGAACUCCUCAACGCCUCCUCGCCCUCACAGUGCCAGUUAUGCCAGCACGUCUGCCAGGGAGAUUUUGUCUUUUAAUGGGUCCGUUGAAAUUAAUCACAUCCGUCUCCUUUUAAAGAGCAACAAGAGGCGGACGGGAUAUUGUACAGCUAGUGGAUCGGAUGAAUUGGAAGGUGGCGAGCUCCCUCUCUCCUCCUUUUUCCUCCUUGGAUAUAUUCCCCCCAAUCCUGACGUUACUAGAUAGAUAGAGAUUUCGAGAUUAUUACAGAAGUGCCUCUCUGUCUGCAGCCGUCACCGUACAGCCGUUUACAAGGUCGAGGGCAAAUCAUUAAAAAGAACUGAGGAUGGAUCCUACGGAGGGUUAAAGGUGUGAUCAGGAAGAAACAGGAAACAACUCUGGACACUAUCGGACUGGUCUCUUCCUCCGCGGCUGUAUAAAGACGUGACAGGACUGAUGCAUUCGUACACCUUGAGGGGCAGCCGCGAGGAGGGGGCAGAUGUCGGCGAGCCGUCUUGGACUUUCUGAACCCGUCGCAGGGGGACGGAUGGCGUUGUCACGGCGGUUCCCACUGUACAGAGAAGGAAAAAAGCUCCGGCUCUUUCCGAUGAGGAAACGGCUCACAAAGCAAGGCUUGUAAUUAUAGACACACCGAGCGUGAGUGUGGACGCAGAGCUGGUGUCACAAACACACCAGGAACCACGGGGCGUCUCCGCUUCUCCGUGUCCCUGCAGGACUCUGCACAAUCUCCCCCCUCCCUCCCCUCAAACACACGGAUCAAGCGUUCUCUUCUGCAUUCCCCCUCUAUCUACUUUUUAUUUUUAAUUUUAAGACUGUACUCUUUCUGUCAGCGGACGCUUGUGCCUCCUGAGGACGUGGACAGUAUUUUUUUAGGGCAUUUUGCAGCAACCUGAGGCCUGAAUCUGCUCGUGAUGUUUUCGUUUUCUUUCUUUUUUUUUGAGAAAGCGACAAACUGAUUCGUCUCGAGGAAGAAGAAGAAGAAGAAGAGGAAGAGCGGGAACCAUGUAAAGAAUGUGGAGCGUCGAGGUUAACUCAGGCUAAACCUUCACUGAGAUACUGAGAAUCAACUUAUUUUCAUGAUGUUUUAUUCAUAUACUUUUGAACGAUAUCGUGCCCAUUUUAAUGAACAAAAAAAUAUGAACGUGCCUUUUUUUAAAGCCAACAUGAGUUUUAUCAAGUUUCCCCCCCCAGAAAAAAACAACACAAAAAAAAGUACCACCAUGCCUUCUGUUUUUGUAAAAGAGAGAUUACAGAAUAAGUAAAUCUACACAUAUAUAUAUAUAUUUUAUUCAAAUAUAUAUUGAAUUCAAAUAUUAUAUUUCAAUAUGGUCAUUUGAUACAAAAAUCAGGAAAAUCCUACUAUUUUUAAACGGUAAAGAAUGUCUAUAUAUAUAUAUUCUAACGGGCAUAUAAUUAUUAUUACCAGUAUGAUUCAGCCUUUGCCUUCUCACCCUUCUGCCUCCGGACCGUCGAGCUGCAACGACGAAGAGUUUUAUAUUUAUAUUGUAAAGAAGAAGAAAAAAAUGUAAUCAAAAAAAACGUUAUGGUGUGUUCAGGGGCCCGGUGACAAGCGAGCGCGAACAUGAAACCAGACCUGAAUCCAAAUCAUAUUUUAUCUUUGUUGAGCGGGCGUGCUUUUGUUUUCCACAUCCCCCCGGGGGAGUGGCAGCCUGGGUGGGGUUUACUGUACCUGUCAGUCACAGAAAGGUACAUUUAAAUUCUCCCUCUCACCGCAAACUAAAACUCCUGAAAGUAUUUCGCAGCCGCUGUUUGACACAGAUCUGCUUUAAAAAAUUAAAAAAUAAACGAGGAGGUCGCAACCGGGGAAGGGGGGGGGGGUCGGUGAUGGAGUCAGGUGAUCAGAGCAGACGGGAUUCUGAUUGGAUGACAUAGACACGAGGCGGGGGUUUCACUUGUGUCACCUGGCAAAACUCAAACUCAAACUUUGGUGUGAGUGUGGACUCGAACAGCUGUGUCUGUGUGAAGUUUGAACCGCACGCACGCAGGCACACACACACACACACACACACACACACACACACACACACACACACACACACACACACACACACACACACCCACCCACACACACACACACCAUGCUUUACUGUGGCAUCGGACGUGACAUCGGACGCUCCCACAGUCCCUCUAAGUAGACGCAUUACCACACAAACACACGCACGCACACACACACACACACACACACACACACACACACUAACACACACAAGCAGAGGAAAUGACAUCACAAAACCUCAGAGUAGAGUGGAGAGAGAGGGACUUCCCAUAAUCUGACUCGCCCUCGGUUUGUGUGUGUGGUUUCAAUGGUUAUGCCAGCUACACACACACUCACAUACACAAAGCUAUUCAACAAAGACUGCUCGGCCUUCUGGGUAUUGUAGUCCCAGUUGUCUUGUAGCUCCGGCCUCAUGUCUGCGUCGUCAACGCUCACGUUUGAGCAAAAAACGUACACGGGGUCAAUCCUCCAAAAUAUUUUUCGGGGGUGAAUUUGAAGAGCAAGAAAUGUCUGGUGAAGAAAAAUUAAAAAGUCUGAGCUGCACCUGAACUCACCUGCGCUGCCUUCACUGUACUGUGUCGUGGCUUCGAAAAAACAAAACGCAGGAGAGAAUAAGAACCCCUCAGUUUCCCUCAUCGUUGCUGUUCUUAUCAUUUUUCUAAUGUAUGUUUUCAGACAUAUUACUGUUACUCUUGUAAUUAUUACAGUAUAUUAUUAACAUGACCAUCUUGAUUUUUAUUUUUUUCGUACCCUCGUGGCCCGACCCUCUUCUCCGCGAAUUCCUGGUUUUCUGUGAGUUUUUUGUUCCAGUUUGCACUCGUCUUCUCCAUGAACUCAAAAUAUUCAAUUUUUAUUUUAUUUUUCAACUCACACUGAUAUUAUAAUCAUGUUGCCACGGACAAGAGGAGGGUCACGAACUCCCCGGGAUAUACAGCGGGCGAAAGAAACUGUUGUUUUCUAUUUUCUUUUUUUCUUUUUGAUGACGUGUAUAUAUAUAUUUUUUUCCAUUUUGGAGGAUUCUGUAAGAAAAAAAGAGCUUUGUUGUGUUUAACCAUUGUAUUAUUUGUCUCCUCCUCUCUCUGCUCGUCUCGUCUCUCCUCUCACGUUCCACCUCGGCGGUGAGCGGUCACUCCAGAAGAGAGACGGAGACCCUUUUUUUAGUUUUGUUUAUGUUUUUUAUCAUGGAGGAAUCACAUGUACUUUCUGUUUCUCUUCUACUUGUUCAUCUUCAUUUGUAAUUAAACAAUAAUCAGGGUUCAUUAAAAAAGGUAAAAAUGGA